AUGCUGGCGCUUCUCGUCCUGGACUGGUCGGAUGGCCGGGAUUCUGGUCUUGCUGAGCGGGACUCGGGUUGCCCGGGUUACCGGGAUUGUGGCCUGGAUUACCCGGGUUGUGAUCGGGAUUGCCCGGGUUGUGGCCGGGAUUGCCCGGAUUAUGGCCGGGAUUGCCCGGAUUGUGGCCUGGAUUGCCCGGAUUGUGGCCGGGAUUGCCCGGGUUGUGGCCGGGAUUGCCCGGAUUGUGGCCGGGAUUGCCCGGGUUGUGGCCGGGAUUGCCCGGAUUGUGGCCGGGAUUGCCCGGAUUGUGGCCGGGAUUGCCCGGAUUGUGGCCGGGAUUGCCCGGAUUGUCAGUCUGGUGGCCGGGGUUGUGACCAGGGUUGUGGCCGGGAUUGUUCGGAUUGUUGGGCGAGUGGCCCGGGUUGUGAUGCCCGGGAUUUUGGGACUGGUGUCCCGGAUUGUGGGUCGGCUGACCCGGAUUCUGGUGUUUCUGGGACGUAG